CUCUGUCAGGAGGUGUGUGUGUUUCCAGGUUAUGCCUGCCCUGUUUGGAUUCCUAUUUAAGCAGUUGUCCAGUCAAACAUCUCUCACAUUUCUGGCUUUCAUUUGACAAGCUGAUCUUGAGACGUUCAUCAGGCUACAGUCACCUAUCUACUUUAAAGAUGUCCAAACCAACAACACUGGAAAAAGUUGGUGGCAAAGGAGGUUCUCCAUUUUCAUUUACUGGGGAGAAGAAUGGUGCCAAUUUAAAGAAGAUCGGGGUGUGGGUGGGAGAAUCCCAGGUUAAGGCUGUCAAAGUCUGGCUUUCAGAUGACACAAAUGAAACCUUUGGCAAGUCAGAUGGGUCGUACCAAGAGUACACUUUCAAGUCUGGUGAGUGUUUCACCUCACUGUCCCUCUGGGAGAACGGAGAAGGAACACGUCUUGGAGCCAUCAAAUUCAAGACCAACGAGGGAGGAGAAUUUUUUGCCCAGAUGACAAACAUGGGUUUAAAAAAAGAGUACCCCAUUGAUAUCGGCUCUGGGUUUUGUCUGGGAGUUGCAGGGGCAGCUGGUGCAGAUAUUGACUGCAUGGGAUUCAUGUUUCUCAAUGCAGUUCAAUCCACAGUUCUCACCAAUGUGAACUAUCCCACUCUCCAGCAGCUGAUACCAAAGGUGUCAGUGGAAGAGAUCAAAUAUGUCUCUUACACAAAUGAAACCUCCACUAACCAAGAGCAAACAGUUGAGACCUCAAAGAAAGUGAUCAAAACAGCCUCAUGGUCCAUGAGUGAAAGCUUUACCAAAACAUUUAGUGUGGAAGUGAAGGCAGGGAUUCCAGGAAUUGUAGAAGUUUCUACAGGAUACAGUGUCAGCGUUGGAGAAGAAAGCACGUUCAGCUUUGAGUACACUGAUGAGAGAACCGAAACUCUAACUACUACUGUAGAUGUGCCACCUAAAAAGAAAAUGGAUGUUGACAUCACCAUCGGCAGAGCCACGUUUGACCUGCCUUACACCGGCACAGUGAUCAUCACAUGCAAGAACGGCAGUGUGCUACAGUACGAAACCAGCGGCCAAUACAAAGGCGUCACUUACACUGAUAUCAAAGUGAAUACUAAAGAAUCUGAUCUGUAAGGUUAACACAAACUGUUCUUGGUUGCUUUAUCUGAUUUUACCAGCAAUGUCUCAGUUGAUCUACCUUCGAUUUGUUUUGACUUCCACUGGUCCACUUCAAAUGACUCUUUGCUCAAAGAUUUUAAACAGUAAAAAUAU